UGGAGGUCAGACGCAAAUUCAGUCCCGUAAGCGUCCCGUAAUAUGGACAGCCUAACAUUUUAACCUCCAAAUCGCAGUUUGGAGAUUAAAAACUCACAGGAUAUAAAAUUAUUUGCCAAUAGUUUAGGCGGCAACUCGCGCAGACCUGGUUUUGUUUAAAUUUUUGAAAGCGCCGGGAUUAAAAGCGUCGUUAGCUAGUUUGCUAACGUAAGCUAGGUCGACGAGGCUAGGCGUUGUAACGUCUAAAUUUUCGCCUAGUUAGCCCUUGAUAUUGAAAAGCCAUGGAUAACAAUGCGACAGGGUCGGGAGGAUUCAAAGCAGGUCUCGGAAGUCUCUUUGGAGGCGGUACACCUGAAUAUUCCAACACAGAGCUCGCCGGUGUACCCCUGACUGGAAUGAGUCCUCUUUCGCCCUACCUCAAUGUCGACCCUCGUUACCUGGUGCAGGAUACGGAUGAAUUCAUACUGCCAACUGGGGCCAAUAAGACCAGAGGGAGAUUUGAACUGGCUUUUUUCACCAUAGGAGGUUGCUGUAUGACAGGAGCUGCAUUUGGAUCAUUAAAUGGUUUUAGGAUGGGCAUUAAGGAGACCCGUGAUAUGGCAUGGUCAAAACCUCGAAAUGUACAGAUUUUAAACAUGGUGACAAGGCAAGGCGCAUCAUGGGCAAACACGCUCGGUUCUGUUGCGCUAUUAUACAGUAUCUUUGGCGUGGCAAUAGAGAAAGCCAGAGGAGCAGAGGAUGACAUCAACACAGUGGCUGCUGGAACACUCACUGGGAUGCUUUUCAAAUCAACAAGUGGCCUAAAGGGUGUGGCCCGUGGAGGCUUUGUUGGUUUGGCAUUAUCUGGCGCCUACGCUCUCUAUAACAACUGGGACCACCUCACUGGCUCUUCCUCUUCCUCCAGGCUGUAUUAAAUUGUCCCACACAGCAGGCCCCAGCAGUCGGGCCAAAUACCUCUGGAUCUCUCUAUUUCCUACAUGAAAUCAAAGUGCACAGCUUUUAACCACAGCACCAAGAUAAAGACUCUGGUCUAAAAGCAGUGCACUGCAAAGGGACUUUGAUUGAUUUUGGCCCCACUUCCCUGGCUCCUCUGUUACCACCACCCGCACUUUUGGUGUGGAUCAUUCCAAGGAAUUCAGAAAUAACUGCAAAAGAAGUUGUGAGAAUAUGCACUCUAUUUGAGUUGGAAUUCCACAUCUAGUCCCUCCAAGGACACUUGCUUCUUUUCCUUCUCUUUACCCCCUGGGGUAUCCACAGUGUGAAGACAAUUAGGCUAAUUAGGCUAGGUCUCUAACAGAGAGUUUAACCUGUUCAUUUGGCCUUGUGAGAAUGUUUGUGGAAGUGUGUCUUUUAAUGUAUUAUUGUAUCAUGGCCAAAUGUACAGUUACUUUGGAAAUUUAUUUGGUCCUCCAAACUGGUGUUAAAAAUUGUGAUGUUGUCACAUCAGCUGUACUUGCCCUUGAAUUUUGGGUUAAAUGAACCAAUAUAAAAUUUGGAAGAUAAAUUAUUUCUCCCCCAACUAGUCUUCCCCUGAUCAGUUUGAUCGUCCAGAUCUGGUCAUUGAUCCCCCCCGUGGUCUUUUGACCUUGGACGUUGGACAUCAGUCUGUCAUCUAACUAAAUAAAGACAUCCAUCCAGAGACUCGCUAAACACACACCAAGGCCUUACAGUCAGUUGAACUAUGGUAAUGUAUUACCUAUAAUAUACCUAAAGUGGGCACUAUUUUCUAGUGCAAGCCUGGAUCUUGGUCUGUGUGGACAUUACUCUAAAACUUUCCUGGAAGAAUGCAUUGCAUUGUUGUCUCCAUCCCGCUGUACCAUAAAUAAAUAUAUAUGUACUUGGAA